UUUGAAAUGGACCCGCACCUUAUCCUAUAUAAUUCAAUGUGCCCCAAUUUUUGACUGAGUCCAACUAGCCCACAAUGCCCCCACUCUUAAACGGUGUCGUUUCCUUUAUAUUCUACACCCACUACCUCUAGUUUUUAAUGACCGUUACAAACCCUAUAUUCUUUUUCCCUUUCAAACCGACCAAGGCUCCUAUUUCCCCCACCGUUUAAACCCCAUUUUCCCACCCAUCCCCACAUAUCUCUCUCUCUCUCUCUCUCUCUCUCUCUCUCACAAAAUCUAACCUCUUUGGCUCUCUCUCUCUCUCUUGCAAAGUUAAUCUUUUUGGCUGACACAUAGACACUCACUCUCACAGUUUUGCAAAGUCAUAACCUUUUUGCCUCUCUCUCUCUCUACAAGAACCUCCCAAGUUCUUCAAAUCCCAUAUCCUUUUACAUUCAAUUUUGUUCAAUGUUGUGAUGCUAUUCAACAAUUCCACACCCAUGUCUCCAAGAAGGCUUCUUGUUUUCUUGGCAUCACUAUUCCUCAUUCUCACCACCUUUGCCUCAGCCAACAACGUGAAUCUUGAAUUCCCCACCUUCACACUCCGAAACCUCACUCUCCUCGGCGACUCCUACCUCCGAGGAGACGGAGUGGUUGGCCUCACCAGGCAGCUUGGCGUCCCGUCUUCGAGCUCCGGCACUGCAAUCUACAACAAACCCGUCACUUUCUUUGACCCCGAAUCGAAUACCACCGCUUCUUUCUCCACAAGAUUCUCCUUUUCCAUCACCAAUGUCAAUCCGAGCUCGUUUGGAGACGGAUUAGCAUUCUUUCUCUCGCCGGAUAACCAGACUCUCGGCAGCCCAGGAGGCUAUUUGGGUCUUGUGAAUAGGUCCCAAUUCACCAAAAACAAGUUCUUGGCCAUCGAAUUUGACACGCGCCUCGACUCGCUCUUUGGUGACCCGAACGAUAACCAUGUCGGCUUGGAUAUUGAAAGCCUUAAAUCCAUUGACACUGCCGAUCCAAUCUUGCAAGACAUUGAUCUCAAGAGUGGGAUUUCAAUCACAGCUUGGAUUGAUUACAAGAAUGAUAAGCAAGAGCUCAAUGUUUCUUUGAGUUAUUCGAAAACUAAGCCCGAAAACCCAAUCUUGAGUGUCAAUUUCGACCUCUCUGAUCAUCUAAAAGAGGUUAUGUAUCUGGGUUUUUCAGCUUCAACCGAGGGGAGCACUGAGCUCCAUUUGAUCGAGAAUUGGAGGUUUUCGACUUUCGGGUUUGUCCCGGCAAGGCCAAGAUCAAGGCCUCACAAUGUGUCUGAAAACACGGUGACAGUGAUGCCAGAAAUUCCCGUAUCGAAUUCUAGCAAUAAGCAUCACAAUAAGAUUGGUUUCGGCCUUGGGAUUGCUGGUCCGGCCUUUUUCUGCGUGGUUCUUGCAGUUUUUGGUUAUGUUACUGUUAGAAAAUGGAGAGGCAUUAGGACACAGAUGAGCUUCAAAGCAGAGUUACUUGCAGGGCCAAGAGAAUUUAAUUACAAGGAGUUAAACUCAGCAACAAAAGGUUUUCAUUCGAGCCGGAUUCUUGGCCAUGGGGCGUUUGGGACAGUUUAUAAGGCCUUUUUCACGUCAUCAGCCACGGGGGGAACAAUUGCAGCGGUAAAAAGAUCGAAGCAUUCCCAUGAAGGUAAGACUGAAUUCUUAGCUGAAUUGUCUAUUAUAGCCGGUUUAAGACACAAGAAUUUGGUUCAGCUCCAAGGUUGGUGUGUUGCCAAGAGUGAGUUACUACUUGUUUAUGACUUUAUGCCUAAUGGGAGUCUUGAUAAGGUGUUGUAUCAAGAAUCUGGGCAGGGUACAUCGUUACAUUGGUCUCAUAGGCUUAACAUUGCUGUUGGGUUAGCUUCAGUUUUGACAUAUUUGCAUCAAGAAUGUGAACAACAAGUCAUUCAUAGGGACAUAAAGACUGGUAAUGUAUUGCUGGAUGGGGGGUUUAAUCCAAGGCUUGGUGAUUUUGGAUUGGCAAAACUUAUGGAUCAUGAUAAGAGCCCUGUGUCAACACUUACUGCUGGAACAAUGGGAUACCUUGCACCUGAGUAUCUUCAGUAUGGGAAAGCAACUGAGAAGACUGAUGUUUUCAGCUAUGGUGUGGUUAUACUUGAAGUGGCUUGUGGGAGAAGGCCAAUUGAGAGAGAACCAGAUAGUAUGAAGAUGGUGAAUUUGGUUGAUUGGGUUUGGGGAUUGCAUACUCAAGGAAAGGUCAUUGAAGCAGCUGAUGCAAGGUUGAAUGGGGAGUUUAAGGAGGAAGAGAUGAGGAAGCUGUUACUGGUAGGAUUAAGCUGUGCAAACCCAGAUAGCGCGGCUAGGCCAACCAUGAGGAGAGUGCUCCAAAUCCUUAAUAACGAGGCGGAGCCACUCUUCGUGCCAAAGAUUAAGCCUACUUUCAGUUUCUCUUAUGGUUUGCCUUUGAGUCUAGAAGACAUCGUUUCAGAUGGUGAAGAGUGUGAGAGCCCCAACUCUAUGCGUGAGAUUAUAAUUGACUGAAGAAAGAAUUCAUAUUUUUUCUUACACAAAGCUUAUUGAUAGUUUGAAUUCUUUUAUUCUUUUAGCUAUAUUCUUGUGUAGUUAUUUUGUAGUUUGGAAAAUAGAGGCUGUAGUCUGUAGGAGUUAACUGGCCUGAGUUCAAAACACUUCUAUUGAACUAUGUGGUCUCUGUUGUAUCUGGGACAAAAGAAACUGCCUUAAUUGUUUCAAUUGUGAACUUGUUCUCUGUCCUAACUCAUCUUUGUGGCUAUUGAAAUGAAGCUUUUCUUUAAAGUUUAA